GCGGGCGGGCGCGGGAAGCGGCGCGGGCGGGCCACACAGUCAUUGCUUUUCCUGCUGGAUCCAUCAUGAUAACUCCAGCUUUUGAACUGACCCAGGAUCCGGAUUUUCUCACAAUAAUAAUCAAAGUACCUUAUGCCAGAGCUUCAGAGUUUGAUGUGUAUUUUGAAGGGGAAGACUUUAAAUUUUAUGCUAAGCCAUACUUUCUCAGAUUGACACUUCCUGGGAGAAUUGUAGAAGAUGGCAGGGAAAAAGCAUCCUAUAAUACAGAUGAAGGAACUUUCACAAUUCGGUUACCCAAGGAGGUUCCUGGCCAAUAUUUUGAGGGCCUGGACAUGCUGACAUCUCUUUUAGCACCAAAGAAAUCAAGAUCAGCAAAGCCCUUGGUAGAAGAGAUAGCUGCCUCUGCUGAGCUGUCUGAGGAGGAGGAGGAAGAAGAAUUUGACUGGGAAAUAGAACAGACCCCUUAUGAGGAAAGUUCAGAAAGCCCUCCACGACUGCAGCACCCGUAUGGAUUUGGCAAUUUGCGGUCAGGGGUGUUCCAGAGGCUGCAGGAUGAGCUCAGUGAUGUGAUUGACAUUAAGGAUCCAGACCAGACUCCUGCAGGUGAACGAAGGAGGAAGCGCCUGGAAGCUGAGGCUGCCAAGUUUGAGCCUGAUCAUUACCUAGCUGAUUUUUUUGAAGAUGAAGCUAUUCAGCAUGUUUUAAAGUACAAACCCUGGUGGGUUGAUGCUCAUAAAAAGAUGACAGCCUUGCAGAGGGAAAGUCAUCAGGAACAUGACACUCAUACAUUUGUUGUCUUCUCUGAGGAUGAGAGAGAGCAGCUGAGGAAGUUCACAAAUAAAUCUUACCUUCUGGAUAAAAGGAGCCGUCAUCAUGUAUAUCUUGGAUUAAUUGAUAUCCUCCUGGCAUAUUGCUAUGAGAUCUGUGUCAAUGAGGGGGACAAGAAUGUUGAAUCAUCUUGGAACAUCAGGAAACUGAGUGCAACGUUGUGCUGGCUGGAGAGCUUCUCUUGCAUCCACGAUGUGCUGGUGUCUUUUGGAAGAAGAGUGCUGUGCUAUCCCCUGUACAGGCAUUUUGGGUUAGUGACACGUGCCCUCAGUGACACAGCCAUGAUACUGCAAUUAGGAAAAGCUGCAGUUUUGAAGUGUCUGCUGGACAUCCACAAGAUUUUCAGGGAGAGUGACCCUGCCUACAUCCUCAACGAUCUCUUCAUUACAGACUAUUGCAUCUGGAUUCAGAAAAUCAAGUGAGAGGGUGAACACACUUCAGCUGAAGAAGCAGAGGCAUCAUUUAGAAGAAGGAAGUGCUAUGACCUUAGAAUGCAUCCUCUGUAAGGCUGUGUUAAAACACAGACUGGUUCUCGUGUCUCUUCAUGCUGAGAAAUGGAGAGAAUUAGGGGAAAAAAUGUUCCUAAAUGAUCUGUGUGAAGGCAAAGACACCAGGUAAACUCAGUAGUUCGUUGGUAAGAAAGGUAAUGGUUGAUCUAGACUUGUCUUCAGGUAUGAUGGGACAGGGAUUUUGGGGUUUAGCCAUUGUGUAGUAUAACAUAAAGUUACAAAUCCAUCCAGUUGAACAGGAAGCAGGAAAAAUUCAGACAGAAGUAAGUUUUUGCAUUUUCCUAGUGAAGAGUAAUUAUGAGUUGGUUCAUUCUUCCUGGGUUGCUGGGUAAUUCUGUACUGUCUUAUUUGUUUCCAUCAUGACAACAUAGCUCAAAAAAACACCUUGUGGCUCAAACAUGGGCUCUGGGUCUGGUGCAGAAAGUAUUAGAGAUUCUGUGCAAUUUGUUAUGCUACUAAAACAGCCUCACAAGAGGAAAUACUAUCAAUUUUCCUUAAAACUCAGAUAAGAGUUAACCAGUUUAUCAAAGAGUAUGUUGAGUGUUGGAAGAGAACCCAGAUUUAUUUAUUUUCAUCCCAAGUCCUCUGCUCUUAAACCUUAGAUCACAGUUCUUUGAUUUAAAAAUAGUAACUAAUAAUUUGCAAGCAUAUUAUGUGUCUCUUCUUUCCCUGUUUUUGAUGCAUGUUUUUAAUACAGUUUGUUUGUUUGUUUGCUGCCAUCACGAGCUGCCAAUGCCUCUCCUUAAGUCUUGCAUCUUUUUUAAGGCCUGAGCUGUCACUGCAAUUGUCUUUGAAGCAGGAGGUGCACACAGAGCACUUUGUAAAUAACAAUACCCAAGUAAUAUAAUAUACUGAUUUAAGAGCCUUAAGGCAAAAACACUGUUUGCCCUGAGGGCCCAAAAAGGUGAUAGACAGGUGGGUAUAAUACCAGAAAUCCCCCUUCAUGUAUGUUUUAGCAAGCCCUGUAAAACAUGGAUUUUUAACAAGGGAUUUAAUCUCUCCUCCCAGCUGCUAGCUGCAGUUUCCUUUGAUGUUUUUCCUCUCCUGCCCUCUGUUGUUUUUUCCUAUUUAUUCCCUCAUUUUUCUACAGCUCCUGUUCCUUCAGGCUGUGUCUGAAUGCACCUUGCUGUGGGCAGAGAAGGCAAAAGAAGAAAGCCAUUUUUCCCCCCCUCAGGCUACAGC